UUGAGCACCUAUUAGAGAAACAUCGGAAGUUUUUAUCAUUAAUUUAAUUUAUGUUUAAUUUCACUAAAAAUUAGGUUGAUUUUUAUUUUUUAAAACUUCUUCGUUUGAAAGUCAUUAUAAGAAUGGCAUUUAAAGGUUUUAAAGCUGGAACUAUAAGUUUAGAUGAACCGCGGUCCAUUUACUAUUCUGGGCAGGUGCUCACGGGUAAAAUUUUAUUCGAAUUGGAUGAAAUCUUAACAUUUACAGCAAUCAAAGUUGCAUUCAUUGGCCAAGCUAUCGUUAAAUGGUCAGAAUAUCAAACUGAAAAAUAUUCAGGCGUGGAAAGAACUAGAGAGAUAGAAUACUACGGCCAGGAUCCAUACUUCAACUUUGAACAAUGUUUGUGUGGUGGAUCUGUUACCACUCUGCCAGCUGGGCCUCAAUCAAUAAGCUUCUCCUAUUUAAUACCAAGCAAUGUGCCAUCAUCAUUUCAAGGUGCUAAAGGACAAGUGAAAUACACAAUUAAAGCAUAUCUUGAAUAUCCAGAUUCAACAAGGUAUGAGCUUACCACUGACUUUGAUGUGAUAGCUCCCCUGGACUUAAAUACCAUAGAUUGUAUUAAGAAUCCAAUAGCAAUGGAGUUUGAGGAAGUAUCAAGUUGCAACUGUUUUUGUCAAGAGGAAUUAAUCAAUGUAAAAAUACAAUUACCCGUGUCUGGCUACUGCCCUGGUCAGAUCAUGAAGAUCCAAAUAGAUUCACAGAAUAACACUGGUUCGGAAGUGACUAAGAUUCUGUUUCAAUUGAUUAAGAAGGAGAGGUACCACUCCCAACAGCCAAUAUCCACAUACAUGCCACCAGAAGAAGUUUUGUACAGUUUGGUCCAAGGCCCUAUAUUGGCCCAUACAAAGCGUAGCUUCACGUGUCAGAUGCGAGUGCCCAACAUUAUUGCGUAUAAUUUGGAAAACUGUCGUGUUAUUGAUGUCGCAUAUUUUUUAAAGGUAAAACUAAAAAUGUCUGGGUGCAUCGACGAUGUUGAAGAUGAAUGUGAAUUAUGCAUUGGUUUAGUGCCUUUAAGAGAAACAGUGGAAGGUACAUACGUACACCCCAUGUCUUUCCUUCUUCCACAAGCCCCCCUUCCAACAACCACACAAAAUAUACAAACGUACCCAAAUAAUACAUGUCCUUUACCUGUCCCUAAUGUACCUAAUGUUACCAGUCUAAGUAAUAACGCACAAGCAUAUCCAACGAAUACACCAUGCCCUAUCCCGACCCUUAAUGCUGCCAGCUUAAAUAAUCAGCCUUCAUAUGUUAUUGGUUUUAAAGUACCGGGGAUGCCAGCCGCAAAUACAAGUGCAUAUCCAUUAAGUGAUAAGAGUGCACAAAAUAGAUAUUCCAACGAAUUUCCUAAACCAUCUGCCCCGCCUUUGUAAUUUUCGGAUUUCAUAUUUUUGUAUGCUUUACAAUUUUUAGGAUUUAAGAGAAUUUUUUAUACACAAAAUAUUCAUUGUAAAGAAAUAUAAAAAUUCAAUCGAAUUAAACAAAAAAAAUAACUAAUAACUCAUAGAGAUAUUUUUGGAAAUUGAGAAGCAAUUGAGGUAAGAUUUUAUUUUUUGAUUUAAUAGUUAGGUUUAUGGUGAUUUAUUUUUUUAAAUGUAUACUCGAAUAUAAUAAGCUUUAGCUUAAGAAUUUUUUGUAACUUUUUAAAGACAUAUUGACGUAUAACGUUUUUUGCAUGAAAUUGUUGGACAAAAUGUCUAUAUUAGAAAUCGCACUAUAUAUAUCUAGACUAGAUCAAGAAAAAGGAAAAAGAGGGAGCUGUCGUAAAUAAACAACAACAUCGAAAUUAGUGACACCUCGGUUAUAUGGUAUAUCAUUAAUAGCAUGGAGUAACUAGCACUAAAUUUGGGGUCGAAUCUGAUAGGCGGGCUUAAAUUUUAUGUUGCCAGUGUGGUGCAGCGAAUCUCCAAAAUGCAUUUUUUUUUAUUUGGUAUGGAAUUAUAUAAAGACAGUUUUAUAAACUUCCUCAUAAGUUUAAGUAACUGCAACAUUUUUAGAAUAAAUAAAUGUUCUUAUUUGGCAACACUGAUAAAAUGGCGAUCGGUUACUUGUUAAAAGUAAUACCGGAUUUUCUUUUCACAAUAUAUUUUGUAAAAAUGCUAAUACUCGCGACAGACUGAUGGGCGGCAGUCUUCAUAAUUAAUAUGAUAUUACCUUCGUUUUAAGUGCCGACUCUUUCUGACUUUACUGCUUUAUUCAUCAGACUUCUAUGUGUACAUAGUGCAAAAGUAGAAGUUGAUAACGAAAUAUUUUAUAUGUAAUUUACACAAAUAAAAAGAACCUUUCAUUUAUUUUUUUUAAUACACCUAGAGCCGUAUAGACAAGAAGUGACUAAAUCAACCUACCAACCUGUAAUAUGGUAAAAAAAUAAUUUAAAUGUGCCAUAUUAUAUUUUUAUAUAAGUAUCCUUUUUGUUGUAAAACUGUAAAAUGACUAUUUUCUAUUGCUUUAUGAAGAGGCAUAUUUGUUAAAUCUUUAUUGUACCUCAUUUAUAUGUUCCUCAUAAUUGUACUUGUUAUUAAUCUCAAACUCUUUAGUUUUUGGAUGCCAAGAAUAUCGUUGGUAAAAGUUUUUUGAAUCCCUACAAAUUGGUUUGUAAUUUAGUGUUAUUAUUGCUAUCCUAAAUAUAUUAUUUACUCUUAUGAACAUAAUAACGUGCCUAUUUUAUGAUAACCUGGUGCUUUAUAUUUUCAUAUUUUCUUAGAUACUAAGCAAAAUCACAAGUGUUAAAAUCAGUAUUUUUGAUUGUUUAUUAUAUAUAAUUGUUACAAUAUAUUGAAUUGAAUAUUUCGAUGUUUGAAUAGAUUUUUUUUAUGUCAGUAAAGAUGUUAUUAAAAAUAUA